AUGGUGUCAGUGCUCUUACCGCCCCUCUCCUCCCACCCCUGUGGGUUUAUACCUUUGGAAGAAACCCUGAACUGUCUCUUUGGUGGGGAUUUGGAGCACGAUCUGGGGGGAGGGAAGCACAAGGUGACCCGCCUGGGCACUGUAAUGCCCCCAUCUCUGUCCAGCCCCCUGCAUGGCCGGCCGCGCCCUGCUGGGUUAGGGUCACUCCACAACCUCAAUUACACCAUCCAGGCUGCGUCUCCAACUGGGGCUGGCCAGCAUGGCGUCUCGGGUCAUCCACCUCCACCCUGCCACGGUGCCUGGCAUUCAGUCAUGCGCUGA